AUGGGUGUGGAUAACAGGAGGAACGGUGCUGGGGUGGUGCUAAGCCCAGAGAUGAAAGAGGGGGUCAUCCAGGUUAGUAGAGAGUCCGACAGGGUGAUGUGGUUAAAGAUUGUAGGAGAGGCAACGGUAAACUUUGUAUGUGUGUAUGCUCCUCAAGUGGGGUAUACAAAUGAAGAAAGUGAUGACUUCUGGAAUCUUCUGGGAGACACAAUGUUGAAAGUACCAGAAGGUGAGGAAGUAUGGAUAACAGGUGACCUAAAUGGACACAGAGAAGGGAGCAGAGACAGAAAUCACGGGGAGAUAUGGAGUGGGGACAAGGAAUGA